CUUGCUGGCUGUCCCACCACUAGUUUCAUCAUAAAAUCGACACAAGAAAAUAAAGAAAAAGUGCCAGAGGGCUGCAGGAACAAAAUACAAUCCCCAACGCAUCAACCGUGGACGAAGAUUUCGACUUUAGCUGACGACCCCCGAUAAUUAGAUGUAUUCGAAAUUGUAGUGCCACGCCUCCCGCGAUUCCCCGCCCCCCAACGGUAAACAUCGUCAACUAAAUAGCUUAAGAGUUGAAAACAAACAAACACCAGAGCAAGAUGGCUCUUCAACAACUCGCGGCUCUUAACUCAAGUCCAAAUACGAACACCCCGAAAUCCCUCUAUAACAUAUCGCUAGAGGCCCUAAUCGGGAGUAUGAACACCAAGGUUCCGGCGCUGGACAGGAUCAACAGACUGGCGGAACUGCCGCGCAACCUGCUCAUCGAUGUCUACGAAAUGAUGUCGCAGCAGGAGUCCUUGAAGGACACGCUGCUGGAGGAGCUCGCCCAGCUGGAGGUGUUCUCGCGACUUGUUCGCUACUCGGCUGCCCGCAGCAAGUUGCUGCGCAUAAUGGCCUCACUCAUGGCCAGCCAAAAUAUGCUGGCCAGUCGGCUCAGCGAGAACUUUGUUUCCCGCUAUGGAAUCGCCUCGGCAGAGGUGGAGGAGGAACUGAACGAGCAGCCUUUGGUGGUGGCGGAUGUGAAAUGUGAUAAGGGAUCGCCGCCAGAAACGUCUACGGUGCUCGACCAACUGCAGAUUUACGACGGGGAACCGGAGGACGGCACGGAGGAGCGAGCUGCUGGCUGUAGCGAAUUUCUUACCAAAUUCAUCACCAUACAAGCGGACGCCAAAGCCUUAGAAGCCCAAUCCCAGGCGGAACUCAGUGUGAUCAAUAAUGCUGCCCUCGAGGAGCUGCCCGCCGGGGAGAUGCAGGUCAUCGACUUGGGCCUCCGCCUCGGUUCGUUUCUCUCGGAGGCCGGAUGGAUGCAGGAGAGCAUUACCGUGCUGGCGUGCCUCAAUGCAAGACUGAAGACCCUGCCGCCCCACAAACACUGGCUGGAGAUGCGUCUCGACUGCUUGCAACGCCUCUUAUCUGCAGAAUCGGCGCACUGCAACUUCAAGCUGGCGCAGCGCACCUACAACGAACUGAUCGGCCUGAACAGAUCGCUCAGUAGCCGCGUGCCCCCCCAGCUGGUGGCCAUGGCCUACACCCAGAUUUCGGCCAUGUACUUUGCCCGCAACGAGUACAACCUGAGCCACAUGUGGAGCAGCCUAGCCAUUCGAUUUCUGAAGAAAUGUGCGACACCGCGAGUCACCGUCGAUGUACUCCGGCAGGCGGCCAAGGCCUGUGUCGUCAAGCGGGACUUUGCCCGGGCCAAUCUGCUCAUCUGCCAGGCAGUGCGACGCGCUCGCGAAUACUUUGGAGUUAAGCACCAAAAGUAUGGCGAUGCCUUACUGGACUACGGAUUUUUCCUACUGAACGUGGAUUCUGUUUUCCAGUCGGUCAACGUGUACAAGGAGGCGCUGGCCGUGCGCCGCGGCAUCUUCGGCAACAUGAACUUUCACGUGGCCAUCGCCCACGAGGAUCUAUCCUACGCCUACUACGUCCACGAGUACAGUACGGGCGACUUCAGCUGUGCCCAGGAUCACGUGGACAAGGCGGUGAACAUAAUGAAGAAUCUGGUGCCCAGCAAUCACCUGAUGUUGGCGUCGGCGAAGCGCGUCAAGGCGCUGCUGCUCGAGGAGAUUGCGCUGGACAAGAUGGCCGAUGGCAUGGACGAGGAGGAUCUGCUGCUGCAGUCCGAGGAGCUGCACAACUUUGCCCUGUUCCUCUCCCUCGAAGUUUUCGGCGAGGUGAACGUGCAGACGGCAAAGCACUAUGGAAAUCUGGGGCGUCUAUACCAAACAAUGAACCGCUUCGAAGAGGCGGAACGAAUGCACCAAAAAGCUAUCAAAAUCAAGACCGAUCUGCUGGGGGCAUUCGACUACGAGGUGGGCCUGUCCAUUGGCCACUUGGCCUCGCUGUACAAUUACCAAAUGAAGAAGUACCGCGAAGCCGAGAAGCUCUACCUGCGCAGCAUUGAUAUUAGCCUGCGUCUAUUUGGACACUCGUACUCUGGCCUGGAAUACGAUUACCUGGGUCUGUGCCACGUCUACGAAACGUUGCACGACUUUGAGAAGUAUUUAAAGUACGCGCACACACUGGAGAGCUGGCAGAUGCUGCGCGGUCAAAAUAUCACUCAAAAUAAGUCCAGGUAUCCCGCUAUCGAGGAGGACUACACCAUCGACGAUGUCAAGACGAAGUUCUUCAGCAUGUGCCUCUGCAAGAAGUGCCCAACCACCAGUUCGGCAGAGCCGACGGGCACGGAGUCCAGUUCGAACUGAGAUGGGGCCUUGGGAGUGGGAGUGGGAGCGGAGGCGGAAGUGGCAGUGGAGGAGGAGGAAGUAGUGGCGGAAGAAGCAAUCGCAAUCGCACCCACGCCCCCCGUAUCGGAUGGCACAAACUGGAGGGCAAACUGUAACGAAGGCAGAGGCAACAUCUGCAGUUUGUCUUAAGAUAAGAUAUUCGCAUAAGUUAGCCGCGCCUCUCGAUCAGAAGAAGAAGAAGGAAGGAAAGCAUCAGGAUCUACGUGUUGUGCAAAAUGUCCAAGUGUAGUUAAUAGCCUAGGUUCAUUCACGUUUUGUUUAAUGUUCUUUUUUGUGUCAUUUCCAUCGAAUAAGCCCCGCGCAACAUGUGGGUGGGCCAGUUCAGCAAGUGUUCCGCUGGGUUCCAUUGUGUGUUCCAGCCUUCAUCGAAUACGUCCAGUACCCUUAGUUCCCCGAAGAGGUUUUCGCGGACUCCCAGUCCUUAGUCCUUUUCUUUCAGUCAGUUUUCACCUAGGCUAAGAUCUAAGAUGUAGAAGUAUUGUUAAAAUUUCGGUUGCCCGGCUGAACGGGACGGCGUUGAGCUAAAUUUUAGUUAAUGUAUUCCCCCACGUUUUGGCCCCUGUACAAACGUUGACUAUUUUACUAAUAAUUUUAUUUUGUAUUUCUUAUAUUUUUUUUUCGUGAAACUCGAACUCCAGAGGAUGAAAUUAGCUUUUGUUUUGUUUUUGGAAAUGUAGCGAAUAUUGUACUCAUUUUUUUGUUCAUUUUCCGCAGCAUAAUCGCGUUUGUUGUUAAAGUGUUUAGAGCACAGGAUUAGCAGAAGAAUGAUUUUGUAUAGAGCGAUAGGAGUAAAUGUAUUGUAUAGUCUAAGCCUACCCAAAACGAUAUAAUAUAUAUAUUUCUGACACGUA